AAAAAAAACUAUGGCCCUUUAUAUUUCCGCAGCCAAUUGACAAAUGAAGGUUUUGUGUUUGUUCGUUCUGAUUUGGUGCUUUAUUUACUGCCGGACGCCAGUCAACGCUUUUACGUAGAGACGAUUGGUUCGCUAGACUGUCACGUCCGUAGCCCCUCCUCGCUGAUUGGAUUGAUUUUGUAGAGGGCGUGACUCGUGGCCGAUAGUUGACGUUUUUGUAAGUGGAGAAAUUACUUUGUCGGUCGUAGUCUGUUUUGGGAUGACUUUUUAAGUUCUAUACAGCAAAAUAAGUUUGGACAUUUCUGUCAUUGGUGGGAAUUGGGUAAAUUAAGACUUCACUUUCCCUGGACAACUUUAUUGGGACCACAAAAACAUCUUCGACUCGUCCAAAGGCAAGAACUGGGAUUUUACUGCUGCCCUCAGUGAUUUUGAGCAGCUACGUCAAGUGCACGCCGGGAACCUGGCGUAUUCAUUGUCAGAGGAAAGGUCCUAUCUGCAUCCUGAGAAAGAUAUGGCCAGGGUAGGACGGCCAAUGCUCCAUCGACAGGAUGAGGUCGUGCAAGAGAAAAGGCUGUCCAGGGGCAUUUCUCAUGCCAGUUCAACCAUUGUGUCUUUGGCCCGUUCUCAUGUCUCGAGCACGGGUGGCAGCACCAACGAGGCACUCCUGGACACGCCCCUGUGCACAUUUCAACUGCCGGAUCUCACCGUGUACCAGGAUGACUUCCGUGGAUUCGUCGAGAGGGAUCUCAUUGAGCAGUCAAUGAUGGUGGCCCUGGAGCAUGCAGGUCGCUUAAAUUGGUGGACAAAAGUCGUCCCAAACUGUCAGAACCUUUUGCCCCUGGCGACAAGUGGUGAUGGAAAUUGUCUGUUGCACGCAGCAUCACUCGGAAUGUGGGGUUUUCAUGACCGGGACUUAAUGCUACGCAAGUCCCUGUAUGCGCUCAUGGAUCACGGGUUGGAGAGAGAAGCACUGAGGCGCAGGUGGAGGUGGCAGCAGACACAGCAGAACAAAGAGUCUGGUCUGGUGUACACCGAGGAGGAGUGGCAGAAAGAAUGGAAUGAACUGUUGAAGUUAGCAUCCAGCGAGCCCAGAAUACACUACAGCACCAACAGCACCAAUGGGGUGGACCCUUCAGAUGAACCAGUUUAUGAGAGUUUGGAAGAGUUCCAUGUCUUUGUUCUGGCUCAGGUUCUCAGAAGGCCUGUAGUGGUCGUGGCUGACACCAUGUUGAGGGACUCUGGAGGAGAAGCUUUUGCUCCGAUACCUUUUGGAGGCAUAUAUUUACCACUGGAAGUGCCAGCUGCUAAGUGCCAUCGCUCACCUCUGGUCCUGGCCUAUGACCAGGCACACUUUUCAGCCUUGGUGUCUAUGGAGCAGAAGGACAACUCCAACGAACAGGUUGUUAUCCCUCUUACUGACUCGGAGCACAAAAUGCUACCUUUGCACUAUGCUGUGGAUCCAGGGAUGGACUGGGAGUGGGGCAAGGAUGACUCUGACAACGUUAUGCUAGCAAGUGUCGCUCUUUCCUUGGAGGCCAAGCUCCAGAUGUUACACAGCUACAUGACUCUUACCUGGCUGCCCUUACCGUGUGAGCAAGCCCCCCUGGCCCAACCCGAGUCUCCCACGGCAUCCGCUGGAGAAGAUACGCGUACACCUCCUGACUCCGGAGAGUCGGACAAAGAGUCUGUCAGCAGCAGCUCCAACGGCAACGGAGACACCACCACAGCGUCGACGGUCUGCGGAGCCGGAUCCCUGGCCAAAAACAAUUCAUCAUCUUCCUCUAGUUCUUCUAGCAGUGGCUCAGCAGGGACAGGGACUGCAGUGAAAGACAAAACAAAGAAGGAAAAGGACAAAGACAAGGAAAAGAAGAGGGCGGAUUCGGUAGCCAAUAAGCUUGGCAGUUUUGGAAAGAGCCUGGGCAGCAAGCUGAAAAAAAACGUCGGGGGACUAAUGACGGGGAAAAACGCAGGAGCCGCAGGUGCUAAGCAGGACGGCGGCGAGAAGAAGAAGGGCUCGUUCCGAGCCAGGAAAGGCAGCAAGGAGUCGUCACCAUCGGUCCACGUCUCGGAGGAUUCCGGAAAGGCUUCCCUCUCCUCGGGCAGUGAGCGGCUUCACGAUACGGGAAGCAGCAUAAGCAGCAGCGCGGGGAGCAGUAUCGAGAGCGAGCCGUACAAGUACAGCGCCGAUGUUAAAGUGAGCCUCGGCAUCCUACGGGCCGCCAUGCAAGGUGAGAGAAAGUUCGUGUUUGCCAGCCUCCUCACGACCAGCAACAGGCAGCCCUUCCAAGAGGAGAUGAUCCAGCGCUACUUGGCCGAUGCCGAGGAACGAUUUAGGGCCGAGCAAGAGCAACAGCGGCGGGAAGCAGAAAAGAAGGCCAUGCCUGUUGGCAUACAGCCCGCGAAAAAGGAAGUGGCCGGCGGUUCAGAGGUGAGCUACCAGCACUAUGAAGCCAAAGAGGAACUGUCAGACAACUUACCGUCACCGUCAUUUAGCCAACUCAAACCCACUCCCUCCAGCCCAUCUAUGUAUUCCGGGGUUGUGCCCAUCCCCAGGCCCUCCAUUAUUGAGCAGAGCCCCACCACUGCCCCUCACACCCAGUAUCUUCAUAUGCAAGGUUACAUGGACAACAGGAAGCAGCUAGCCGGUGGUUCCCCUGUGUCCACCUACCCAAGCCUUCCGUCAUAUGCAACUCUUCCUCGCCAUUGUCCGACAACAGAGGGAAUAUCCCACCCCCAGUACGACAUCCCAAAUAUCUCACAAGGCCAUGCUUCCCUGAGUCCCGCUCAGCCCUCGCCCUCGUACCCCCUGGAGUUUGACCCUCCAGACUACCCCAGGUCUGAAUCAUCUGCUGCUGCUGCUGGAAGCUACACCAAUGGUUUCAUCGAUGUGCGCUCUCACCUAGACUCUUGGGCAAGGCAACCUCCCGUCAGACAUUACUCGCUGGGCAGCGCUGGCGCUCUCGCAAACUCGCAGUCGAGCCGCUGCCGGACGCCCAGCUGCAACUACUACGGACAUCCCGAAACAGGGAACUACUGCUCCUAUUGCUAUCGCGAAGAGCUGAGAAAGAGGGAAGAGCAAUCCAAAAGGUUCUGGAUGGAAUGAACCUUGGAUUUUGGAUUUUGUCAAGUGGCCUUUUCUGUUAGAAGUAACUUCUGGGGGCAGAUAAGCCUGUGAAAGGUAGUCCGGUUCUGUCCCUCUUCCAGCUGUCCCUUUGCGUUAACUCACGUGACGGCGGGGGGGGGUAAUAGGUAGGCUCACACCCUAGAACUUGGGAUAAAGUUAAUUAACUGCACUUUGGUUACAUUUUACCAUGGCUCUUACACAGGUUUUUGAGUGCGAGGGUGUACGUGAGUGUAUGAAUGUUUUUGUUUUUUUUUUUCAUUUGUGGGCUUUCCUUCUUCAUCUAUAUAUUUAAACCAUGUUUUCAGCUCCCUCUGGUGGAGAAGAAUUUCGUGGCAGUCGCCAUACACUACUCCUCAAAAAAACACAUAUAGUGCCUGCACACGUAAAAGAAGUCAGAGUCGCACUGGUUCACGUACAGAAAGGCUGGUGGGUGGAUGUAAAUGGUCUUAAUGUUUGUUUUUUUGUCGGUCUAACGUUUGGAAAAGUCGAUGGAAAAAAAUGGACGUUUGGAAGUUUGUUGUUGAAGGUUAGCUUAACGAGAGACCGCGGGGUGACCGCCCGGCAGUUUCUCACUCAGUCACAUUUCAAAAGAAACACGAUGGGCGGUAAAGCAGCUGGAAGUCGCGUCCGACGAGGUGCGAUUUCAGUGUUGAUAAACAUUCGAUACUACUGUAACCAGAGGCUUGCAUCAUAGGUACCUGCGAUUUCACUCACUUUUGUUUCCCACUCGCUGCAUGAUGCAAACGGCAUAUUGCGUGCAUCACUAUUGCAUCAGCAUUCUCAACUUAACAUAAUAAUGUUCCCGAUUGCUACCACAUGGAUAAGUAUAUUCGUUUGCUCCUCUGUAGCUUAGUGUUUUUGGUUUUUUUUUUCUUCUGAUAACAAACUACACUUUUGAAGAUGUCUACACUGUAGGAAUGACUGUAAGAUAAAGAAUAAUUGGUCACCUGACUGACAUUGUUGAACAAGGACAGCAACAUAGGACGUACUGUACGUUAAGGUACCAAAAUCCCAAAAGUUGUCGUUUGGAAUUUUUCUCUCUUUUUUUUAAAUGGACCUUCCCAUUUCUGGAAUAGAUGGCGAUUGAGUGAGGUUUUUCACAGCAAAGAUGAGAAGAGUGGCAAUUCUACACACUACAAACACGCCUGUUGUGAUCUGGUGAUAAUCUGAGUCAUUUGAUCAUCAAUGGAUGCUGCUAAGUUCACAUUUUGAAAUGACCGAAUGCCUUAAUGUGGAAAAAAAAAA